GGAAUACGCCCUGCCUGUGACAAGUUGGACAGAUCGACGAGUGCAUCAAUCACGUGAUGCUCCUAAGCCUUCUUGACGUAAUAUAACUGUGUUGCUUUUUGCUCCUCUACUUGCUGGUCAGUUUUUGAACUAGGCAGUUACACGUACAAUCCGCUUCUUAAACAUACCUCUAAUAUGUCUAAAAUGAUCCCCUUAGAAAACAUCCUAAGCAGAGUGCGAGUAGCUCCUGAAGUCUUUGAGCUACGCCCGGAUUACCGUGCUUUGUUAAUGGUCGUGGAUGGUAUUCCGCCGGGUCCUUGCGAUACUACGAGUGAGGCUCUGCUGCAGGAAGCUGAGGCUUCCGCCCGAAGGCAGCUGACACAACAUGCAGUCAUUGAUAUGCCGCAUGUGGCAGCAUGGCGAGAUGCCUACAAGGCUUUUGGCGCAAAACCGCAACGUACCCGUAACAGCUUGGAGGCACUGACACGUCGGGUGGAGGGUGGUCUACCGCGUGUUAAUCGCCUAACGGAUAUUUACAACGCCAUCUCCGUCAAGCAUCAAAUUCCAUUAGGCGGCGAGGAUUUAAACAAGUACGAGGGAGCGCCACGCUUGAUUCGGGCAACGGGCAAGGAGAAUUUCGAGACGGUGACCAGCGGAGAUAUUGUUGUAGAGCAUCCAGAUACUGGGGAAGUUGUUUGGUGCGACGAUGUUGGCGUUACCUCCCGUCGCUGGAACUGGCGCCAAGGCCCUCGAACCGCGCUGACCGACAGUACCACCAGAGCUCUAUUCAUUCUCGAUGCACUCAGCCCGGUCUCUGACAGCUCUUUGCAUGCGGCCGCUGAGGAGCUUACAUCUACGUUGAAGGAACUGAGUCCUGAUGUGCGUGUCGAACGCCGGAUAAUCAGUAUUUCCACACGAUAAUAAGGGAUGGAUAAAAUUUUGUGGGACACUAUCAGGAUGAUAUCUUAAGAUUGAAAACCACCUCUCUUAGAGAGCAAUCUACACGGGUUCAUUUACUGUAGCAUAGUUGGCCGAAGGUUAAGGUUUACUCUUCCCGUCCUGUACUUCGAUCCACCGUUGAAUCGAGUCGCUAUCUAAGAAAAAGGCGCAUUUUUGUUAAACCUCUCUACUGGCGCUAGGGCCUCUUGCGAUUGUCUCGGUGAGCCCAACUCAAUCCUGAGAGCACUUCUAGGAGGUCAGUGGUGGCGAGGCCCUGUAUUAUGAGAAUAUCCAUCGUUGCAGGGCGGGGCUUGACAACAAAGAGCCUCUCGUUCGAAUCAUGCUCUCUCCCGUUGAGAUCGCAGUCGC